AGCUUGGCCAGACUGGUAUCACCUGCUUCUUCAAGAACCAAUAGCAUCGACAUAUCUGUCUGAAAUACGGUAUGCUCUGUUCGACUAAUGUGCAGACUUCUUCACAAGCCAGAAUCUGGGGUGCAUGCCGAAGCUCCUCAUGACGUCGGUGAACGGUGACGGAGCGGAUCCGUUUAGCGGCCCACAACACUAUAAUGACACCGCCAGCCCCGCACAUUUGCUUCAUAACAAUUGCCACGGCUCCCCUUUUUCGCUGGCAAGGUAGCGCUUGUUCUGUCGUAUUCAGUCCGCCCUAAACAUGACUUACGUUUAUAUUUCACAGCUAGACGCCUUCACCCUCUAUCACAUCUCCCAGGAGGACUCUUCUCCGCGUCGAGAAACGGUCGGCCCCGCUCUUCCAGCACUCGGCCAUGCCACGUCUGGUGCAGCCGGCACCGCCAUCUCAAAACUCCUCCUCUACCCUCUUGACCUCGUCCUUACUCGGCUCCAAGUCCAGAAGCAGUUCCAAACCGACAACAAGGAUGCAGACUACAAAGGCAUCUGGGAUGCAGUGGAGAAGAUAUACAACAAUGAAGGCAUACGGGCAUUCUACAGCGGAGUGCUGCCAGAAACCUUGAAAGGAGUGGCCGAUAGCUUCCUCUUCUUCCUCGCAUACACGUAUUUAAGGCAGAAGAGGCUCAAUGUGCGUGGAAGCCCGCGCAAUCUUGGAGCGCUGGAUGAGAUUGGGGUCGGAGUUCUGGCGGGCGCCUUUUCCAAACUCUGGACAACGCCAAUUCAGAACAUCGUCACGCGAAAGCAGACUGCCGCCAUGGUCGCUGCACGGGAACCGACAUCUUCUGUAACCCCACGCCUUAGUAUGAAAGAUAUUGCACGGCAGAUCCGGCACGAGAAAGGAACCCAAGGAUUUUGGUCCGGCUACUCGGCCAGCUUGGUCCUAACCCUCAAUCCAUCCAUCACCUUUCUUCUUCACAAGAUGCUGCUGCGACUGCUCGUUCCAAGAUAUAGGCGGGCCGACCCCGGAGCUCGGAUGACGUUCCUUCUAGCAGCUAUUAGUAAAGUUUUGGCCUCGACAGUCACGUACCCCUUCUCUUUAGCUAAAACGAGAGCACAAGUCUCCUACCAGAAGCCAUCCCAGCCCACCAGGCCAAUUCCAGAGACAGAGAAACGAAGAGAUCUCCUGGAUGCAGCUGCUAUUCGAACAAGGCAGCGAACCGUCUUUGGCACCAUCAUCCGAAUUGCAAAAACGGAGGGUUUAUGGGCGUUGUACCAAGGUCUCGGUGCCGAAAUGCUGAAAGGCUUCUUCUCGCAUGGCAUCACUAUGCUGAUGAAAGAUCAGAUUCAUACUGUAAUCAUCAACUUGUAUUAUCUUAUUCUAAAGUCAAUGAAGAAAUACCCCAGCCCAGGUGAGCUUGCGGAAAUGGCUUCGGAACAGGUCAGGAAGACAUACGAACAUGGGAAAGAACAAGCGGGCGAGAUGUAUACGAGAGGCGUAGAGACAACUGAGGAUGCUUCUGAGAAGGUACAAGAUACGUUUACAAACGGAAGGCGACAGGCUGAAGGUCUGCUAGAGAGGGGGAGAAGUACAGCAGAUAACGCCACGAAACAAGUUCAAGACAUGCUCGUUAAUCCUGGUGUCAAAGACAUUGAGGACGGGGAUCAAGGCAGCGGAGAUUGAUCCCCUGAAGUCUGGGACGAGGGCUCAAAGUUGGCUGUGGAAGCUUGUACGAGUACCAUGCUAGUUAUUUUACCUACUUGUCGAGGUUUGGAUCAAUUUGGGGAGGCAAGCCUAGAAUAUGAGUGAGUCGGCUAAUUUGAGUCAAUGGUGGGGUUCUAAGCUGAUUAAAAUCACCCUAUCUCAUGUAUCUACUAGUUUCAUGCACGAGAUAUGUGCCCAGGUAUG